GCGCUCAAAGACUCCCCUCUCAGCCGCGCUCUCGCACGCACACGCACGCAACACCCCAAACAAAGAGAAGCACGCGAGAGGCAGCGCGGCAUCGCCCAGCAUCCCACUAGCAGAACCACCGCCCCCUCCCUCCCCCCCCACCCCUCUUUAGACGGAACCGGUCCGGUCCGAGAGCACAGAACCGACGAUGACCACCAACGGCGCCACUAACGGGACCAGCGACAUGCUGCAGAUCCAGUUCGGUCUGAUCAACUGCGGCAACAAAUACCUAACGGCGGAGACCUUCGGCUUCAAGAUCAACGCGUGCGCGUCGUCCAUGAAGAAGAAGCAGAUCUGGACCCUGGAGCAGAGCGGCGACGACUCCAGCGGCGACGUGUUCCACCUCAAGUCCCAUCUGGGCCGGUACAUCGCCGCCGACAAGGACGGCAACGUCACCGGGGACAGCGAGAGCCCCGGCCCGGAGUGCCGGUUCGUCAUCACCGCCCACGACGACGGCCGCUGGUCCCUGCGGUCCGAGCCGCACGGCCGCUACCUGGGCGGCACCGAGGACCGGAUCAUCUGCUUCGCGCAGACCGCGUCCGUGGCGGAGAAAUGGAGCGUGCACAUCGCCAUGCACCCGCAGGUGAACAUCUUCAGCGUGACGCGCAAGCGGUACGCGCACCUGAGCGGCAAGGCGGACGAGAUCGCCAUCGACCGCGACGUGCCGUGGGGGGUGGACUCCAUGAUCACGCUGGUGUUCCAGGAGCAGCGCUACCACCUGCAGACCUCCGACAACCGCUUCCUGAGGAACGACGGCACGCUGCUCGCCCCCGCGGACAAGACCACGGGCUACACGCUGGAGUUCCGCUCCGGGAAGGUGGCGUUCAGGGACUGCGGCGGCAGGUACCUGGCUCCAUCCGGGCCCUCCGGCACCAUGAAGUCCGGCAAAGGCGCGCGCGUGGGCAAGGACGAGCUGUUCGUGCUGGAGCAGAGCCACCCGCAGGUGGUGCUGACCGCCGCCAACGAGAGGAACGUCUCCACCCGGCAAGGUAUGGACCUGUCGGCCAAUCAGGACGAGGAGGGCGACCAGGAAGUCUUCCAGGUGGAGAUAUGUCGCGAAAACCGCAAGUGUGCGUUCCGGACCGCCGCUGGGAAAUACUGGACCCUGACUGCUAAUGGUGGCCUGCAGUGCACCGCCUCCACCAAGUCGGCUAAUUGCUACUUCGACAUCGAGUGGCGUGGGAAGAGGCUGACUCUGCGGGCAGCCAACGGGAAAUAUGUCGCCGCCAAGAAGAACGGCCAGCUAGCGGCCACCAUCGACUCUGCCGGUGAGUCCGAGGAGUUUCUCAUGAAGCUGAUUAACCGCCCGAUCAUCGUGCUGCGCGGGGAGCACGGCUUCAUCGGCUGCAGGAAGGUGACGGGGACGCUGGACUCCAACCGCUCCACCUACGACUACUUCACCCUGGAGUUCAGAGACGGCGCUUACAGCCUGCAAGACUCCACAGGUAAAUACUGGAUGGUUGGGAACGAGCAGUCGGUGGUGAGCAGCAGCGACGCGCCCGUCGACUUCCUGUUUGAGUUUUGCGACUACAACAAGCUGGCUAUCCGCCACGCCGCCGACGGCAAGUACCUCCGCGGCGACCACGCCGGCGUGCUGAAGGCCAACGCCGACGACCUGGAGACGGCCACGCUCUGGGAGUACUGAGGGAGGGCGUGGCUGCUGCGACGCCGAUGAACGAAAGUGUGGCGACGCAGCACAACCCGUCCCUGCAUCCACCUAUCCCCCCCAACCCCACCCGUUCCUUAUAUUAUAUCUCGUACUACGACUUUAUCUGUUGAUGAACUACAUAGAGAGAACAUAAAGAAAGGACAGAGGCGCUCGUUUCCCUCGGUCCAUCCCUCCCAGCUUCCCGCCGCCCUUCAUCUGUUGCCAUAGUCACCGUGGGGCUGUGCACUUUUUCUGCUCCGAUCUGGUUCGCUGCUCGACCUGUCACACUCCUUCGGAUUGGGCCGUCCCUCUCCCAGAGCAGAGCAGAGCCACAUUUUAAGAGCCCCACCCCCCCCAAACCCUCCCUGCCCCCCCCACUACCCUUUCUACCCGUCUCUAUUGUCUGUGUGAGUAGCACAUGGUGGCAGUAUUUAUGCUUUGACCCGGUCAGCCAGACCUGCUUCUACCUGAUCCGAUCUCCCAAAACCAACCCACCGUCGGAUCCAAUGUGCUCCGGCUGCUUCCUGUUAGCGGGACGCGCGACACGGAGCCGGUGGGUUCGUCUCUGAGCGUUUUCGCGUCGCGUAGCAACAGAUUUUCUGAUCCGACCAGGCAGAGCGUGUAUGUCUUUCAUGAGCGGCGCCCGUUGCCUCGGCCUCAUGAAUGUGUGAUAACUGGAGUGGAUCUGAUGAUUAUAGAAAAUGAUGUAACUUACGGGUUUAACCCCCCCCUCCCCCCUUAUUCAUCUCAACUGUAAAAGGCUCUAGUGUAAACCUGUUUCCUGUGUUGUUCUCUAGCGGUGUUCUCAUUGGACCAAACAGGAUGUAGGAAGCAAAAACACGUAACCCCGCCCCCCCCUAUUGUCCCAAGACCAGUUAAAAGAAAUUAAAAAUAGAAAUGGUGCGGUCACGUACUGUGUGUUUACUGCACUCCCUCGUCGUACUGGAAGAAGACCAGCACUCCCUGAUUCCCAGUUGGAUUUCUUUCUACGUCCAAGGCACAGACAUUAUCAUGGGUACAGCAGGUAGCCAUAGCAACGGAACGAUUUAUAAUUCCCUUUUUGAAAGCUGCUUUUUGAAUCCUUCAACCAAACCUAGACCUCAGACUUGAUUUAGACCAAACCUUUGAUACUGGAUUAACAAACCGUCAUCUCACACGCACACCUGAGGAACCUGGUGCUACUAACUCAUGACACGUUAGUCGAUUAUCUCACGCUGUCUGGACUCGCCGCGUCUCUGCACAUUAAAGCCUCGCCAUGUAAGAGAAAAGGCUGAAAUCGAGCCCUUACUAACCUUAAUCUGCUGCUUCUUUAAAUUUCAUUUUUGUCUGCAGUAUCAUGGCAACCUUCAUCAUAAGAUUUAUUUUUGCUCAUUUUUGUUGGAUUUCUUUUGCGUUCCUUGUCCUUAAAGGUGGGGAAGGCAUGUGUAUAAAAAAGAAGAAGAAAUAUCUGUUAUGCUUGCGUGUAGCACAAAGCACCCAUGGUUUCUGUCUACUACAGCGAAGAUUGGCACUUGGCCCCUAAAAUGAUUGGGCUCUUCCACCCGUCACCAUCAAACAUUCCUCUGACACUACGUACCCCACGUGGAAUGAUGCAUGAUUGUAGCCAGCUCCUCAACAAGUCUGUUUUUUUACGGUUUGAGCGUUUUUUUGCGCAAUGGGUUGAGAAUCUGAAGCGAAUGAAAGGAGCUGUUUGCCCUUUGGAGAAACCUGCGUCUCCAUGGGAACCAAGACCAAGGCUGAGACAAGCGGAUGUGGAGGGGUAAACAUGUGGUAAUGACUGUGCCUUACACUUGGGUUUUUGGGCAGUAGAAAAAAGAAGAAAAAAAAAAUUAAAAAAAAAAAAAAGAAUCCACAUCUUUGCUUUGUAUAACUGGAACUUCUUUUUGUAUUAUUAUUUUGUAUAUCAUUUUUUUGAUAUUGUGGAUUAACCUCUCUUGUGCCAUUUGGUUCACCUGAAAUCCAACAACCAAUAAAACUGGGAUUUGGAAUGCUG